CGGGAGGGAGCGAGUGGGGGAAAAAUUGUCGGUGGGGCGCGUUGGGAAAUUUCGGGCGAAACGGGAAGAUAAAAGCGGCGAAGAUCGAAGAGAGAUCCGUGUGGAUCGGUUGGAGGAGAGCACAAAGGUAUACGUACACACUCGACUCUCGAGUCGCGCGGCGAGUUGUUGGAAGAGAAAAUUGCGCAGUUGUCGCGAGCGGCGGGUGAUUUGGUGCGCACACUCCCGCGCGUUCCCUUUGUGUUAUUUUCGGGUGGAAUCACCGUUCGAAGCUUUAAAUAGGACCGACUUUCCGACAAAGAAGGCAGUUUGCAACUUGGAUUCUACAUGCUGGAACAUCGCAGAGUAUUCACCAUGCCUUCCGAAUGCAUCGCCAAUCCGUUGCAACGAGAACUAGCCGACGCUAUAAUCCGUUUACAACCGCUCGACGAGAUCCGAAUACUGCUGGCAUGCGGGGCAAAGGCGAACGAGGCUGUGACACAGGGCUUGCGGCCGUUGCAUUACGCGGUGUGGCAGCGGUAUACGGAGGCGGCCCAGUUGUUGUUGGUACGCGGCGCGGACAUUGACGCGACCGACGAAUGUGGUUAUUCGCCGUUGCACCUCGCUGCCGAACACGGCUACUUGGAUUUGGUGAAGUUCUUGCUCGAGCACGGUGCCAAAGUCGACCAUCGACCAGAGACGGGAGAACUUUUUCCAAGAACGACAUUGUGCGACGAACCGCUACGGCUUGCUCUGAGAAAUCGGCACGUCGAGGUGGCUAGAAUUCUGCUGGAAGCUGGCGCUAACCCGAAUAAAAGAUAUUUCUUCGGGUCGGAGAUCAACCUGGUCUCUCCGUUGGACCUGCAAUGCAUGGAAUUGUUGUUAGCGUUCGGAGCUCAACCGAACACGAGGGAUCGCGCUGGAUUGACGCCGCUAAUGAAAGCAACGAGACUACCGCAGGGUAUAGCUUCGGUGCUGCUUUUGCUGAGCUACGGUGCGGACGUGAAUUCGAUGGCUGAUGCGCGACACGACUACCGGACGGUUCUGCAUUACGCGAUCCUCGGCGGGGAUCCGACGGUGAUCGACCUGCUUCUGAAGCAAGGUGCCCGACUCGAUCUCGGGCCCGAGUAUCAAAAACCCACGGCUCUCGACCUGGCUAUCUUGAAAGGGGACCCCUCGAUCGUACAAAUGCUCUUGGAAUCGGGCGCGGACGUGAACGCCACAUCGCCGAUCAUCGGCUCGCCGCUUCACGUCGCUUGCGCGGACAACAUUCCAAACAGGCUGGAGAUUCUGUCGAUGCUGUUGGAACGAGGAGCGGAUCCGAACUUGGUGAUACGUAGCGACGAAGGGCCCGCGUUGCGUCCAGUUCUCGCGGAAUACGUCGCUUCGAACGAGAACCCGUCGAUCGAAGUGGUGUCCCUUUUGCUCAAGUACGGGGCACGAGUUGUAAUCAAGACGCAGUUCCGCGACCCUCACGGCAUACUCAACUCUCUUCAGAACACGGCGGAUAAGCCGCGACUGUUGAAGGCGUUGCUCGAAGCGGCGGAAAGUUUCGAUCCUUGCAUGAUACGAAGAUCGAGUAGUUUGACGGAUGCGCAGAAAGCGUUGGUAAUGGAAGCGGCAAGAACUCCGUUGCCUUUGACUCAUCAAGCCAGAUUGAUAGUUCGCAAGCACUGCGGCACAAAGUUACCCAAGAUCGUUUCUAAACUCCAAUUACCGCAGUCGCUGCAUCGCUAUCUCCUCUACGAUUUCCACUGACAAUGAGACUCUUCCCCAUCUGGUUAUGCCACCGCAUCUCUUUCUCCACCUUCUUUUCACCCGCUCCGAUCCAAGUUGGACUGCGUUAGGUUAGGUUAAUUCUCUCCUUCGAUCUUACUUUACUUUCUUCCGACAAUGUACGUACAUAUUUUCCCUCCCCUCGUCCUGCACACUUUUGUACCUUUGUCUACUGCAUGCGUGCAUGGUACAUACUUACGUAAGUACGCCGUACAUACGGCACAACCUGUUAUGCACACGCGGAGACAGAAAUUACGCAUCCGCAGAAAUAAAUGAAUCGCGUUUACGCGAAUGACACGUGGCCAUUCGUACGCGUAUUCAUAUGUAUAUUAUUGUAUAUACGUAGAUAUUUUCUAUGCACUCGUUGUGUGUGUUGCAUACGUACUAAAAGGUGAAUGAAAAUAAACCAAGGAUCCUACUCUACACCGUCGAUAAAUGUAUACAUACAUGUAACAUGUACCUGCAUAUUUACUUAUGGAAUGGUAAGACCAGCCCGUUUUUAUAUGUGUACCAACUGAUGAUAAACCUGAAAAUACCAUUCCUUCCGUCUGUCUAUUUUUUAUUCUCGUUCCUUCUCGUUCGUUUCUCUGCAACGCCCCGCGAUGGAGGAAAGGCACGGUACCUGGUCAAGUUGGACCAAGAAGAAAAUAUAGGUGCAGGAAAGACGUGUAAUUGUAAGGGGUGGGCGCGUGUCACGUACGUGGGGGCCACUGUUGGCCAGGAAACUGCAACGCGCGGAAUGUUGGCCGAUGAUGGUGUGACGUCCAUUCAUUCUCAACUAUUUCGUUCUACCCUACCUUCUUCCACUGGCUCGAAAUAGCAGCCUCGAUACGGUGACCCGCGUCGAAGCAUAUUGGCAAUCUGGUUGUUGCGUCAGUGAGGAAAUUGCAAACACUGCGAGCGAAUGACUUAUGCCAAUUUUCCGAUAUCUACGUAUAUAUGUAUGUAUAACAUAAUCUUUUUAUCGAGUCUGCUAUUUCGUUACUUGUAUGUACAGCAUCAAGG